CAUUAAAGUAUGCUUGAAAUCCGAUGAACCAAAACCGUGGACCAUCACCGCCGGUAUCCCGUUCCCAAUUCCACAGAUUUCCACUCCCCACUCCCAGAGUCCCAGUACUUAUACCACCGAAAAAACAAGCAAAAUCCCACCUCCCAAACCUCAAAACCUGGAGCUCAUAGGCAAGAAACUGGGAAGGGAGAUUCGAUUUGGGAGGGCAGAUUCGAUUUCUGCUAUUCUUUGGAGGAGCCCACUGGUUCAGCCGGUUUCUUGAAAUCUCAGGCCCCAAGGCCAACUUUUCCCCCGUUCCGGUUGGACAACUGCCGUGAUUGGGAGGCAUUGCCGGCGACUGGAGAUUCAAUCAUCGAUCCUUUUCUAGGUAGAUUGUAUAUAAAGACCACAGUUCAGAUCACUGCCAAGCAUGUCUCUACUUUCAAAGUUACGCUUGAUCACCGUGGAUGUUACUGGUACACUGAUUGCUUACAAAGGACACCUUGGGGAUUACUACUGUAUGGCAGCUAAGUCUGCUGGGAUGCCAUGCCCUGACUAUAACCGUAUGCAUGAGGGCUUCAAGCUUGCAUACACUGAGAUGGCCAGACAGUACCCUUGCUUUGGAUUUGCGGCUAAGAUGCCGAACAUUGAAUGGUGGAGGACAUGUGUUAAGAAUUCAUUUGUUAAGGCUGGCUAUGAUUAUGAUGAGGAGACAUUUGAGAAAAUCUUCAGGCGCAUUUAUUCUGCUUUUGGCUCCUCUGCACCAUACUCGGCAUUUCCUGAUGCACAGCCCUUCAUGCGGUGGGCGCGGGAAAAGGGACUCAUUGUUGGUGUUGUCAGCAAUGCAGAGUAUCGCUACAAAGAUGUAAUCUUACCAGCUUUAGGGUUGAAUCAGGGCUCCGAAUGGGACUUCGGGGUGUUCUCAGGCAUGGUAGGUGUUGAGAAGCCAGACCCAAGAAUUUACAAGAUAGCGUUGGAGAUGGCAGGAAACGUAGCUCCAGAAGAAGCGCUCCACAUAGGUGACAGCAUGCGGAAGGACUACACCCCAGCUAGGAGCAUCGGGAUGCAUGCGCUGCUCCUGGACCGGUUCAAGACUGCCGACGCCGAGAGCUGGAGGCAGUCAGGCGCGACGGUGCUCCCUGAUCUGGUUGCCACUCAAGAGUGGCUCACCAAGAAUCAGAAUGAGGAACAGGAGAAAACAGUGGCAUCACGAGUGCUGAACAGAAUGUCUGAAAAGCUAAAGAUGGGGGCUUGAUCGUGCAAUAAUUAUAUGAGUGUUCCUUUAUAGUAUUAUCGGACUGAAGUUCCAAAAGAAACUUGUGCUGAUGGAUGGGGGGUAGGUGAUUGUUCUUGACUAGGUUACUGUAAUUAGCUUGAGCUACCCUUCUGCUUGCGGCAUCUGGGGCUGAACAUUAUCCGAGUGUCACGAAUCAUGUUGCGAAGAAGAUUUCAAGUUGUCUUCCAUUCAUCUGCGUGGAGCAAUAAAGGAAGUGGAAAUGAACUCUGAA